AGACGAUACGCUACUCCAUAGCUGAUAGCUCUCAGUUUCUCCAUUAUAUUCUUUCCUCAAAAUCCCACUCUGAUACCAAACAAAUGGCGCAUGAGGUCGCUGUCAAGGCUGCUGCUGGUGCGCCUGAUAUUCUUGGAGACUGUCCAUUUUCCCAAAGGGUCCUCCUAACUUUGGAGGAGAAGAAAAUCCCGCACAAGUUGCACCUCGUCAAUCUCUCUGACAAACCCCAAUGGUUUUUGGCGGUGAACCCAGAAGGGAAGGUGCCGGUGGUGAAGUUCGAUGACAAGUGGGUGUCUGAUUCUGAUGUUCUUGUUGGGAUUCUUGAGGAGAAAUACCCUGAACCUUCUCUCGCUACUCCUCCUGAAUUCGCCUCUGUGGGAUCAAAGAUUUUUGGGGCAUUUGUGAAAUUCUUGAAGAGCAAGGAUCCCAGUGACGGAUCAGAGCAGGCUUUGCUUGAUGAAUUGAAGGCAUUGGAUGAACACCUUAAGGCACAUGGGCCAUAUAUUGCUGGAGAGAAGAUAACUGCUGCUGAUUUGAGUUUGGCCCCAAAGCUGUACCAUCUUGACGUGGCUCUUGGUCAUUUCAAGAAGUGGACUGUCCCUGAAAGCUUUACUCAUUUCCAUCACUACAAGAAGUUGCUUUUCUCUCGGGAAUCUUUUGAGAAAACCAAGGCUACAAAAGAACACGUAAUUGCAGGAUGGGAGCCGAAGGUCAAUGCCUGAAAUAGUUCUAAGUUAUGAGGCUUUUGAACUUUAGUUGUGAAGUGUGGGUGAGACUUGUGAACGUUAGACCUAAAAAUGGACUCUGUUUGAACCCAUGUCUAAUAAAUGUAUUAUCCUGUGUGUGUCA